AUGAUUGACAAAGUCAAGAACGGUGAAGCAGACAGACUGCUGAACAAGAUCCGAUAUGUCGCCCGGAGCUGCAAAGAGCUCAAAGAAAAAUAUAAAGUUCAUGACGAUGGGCUGUAUUACCUCACUACCACAAACGGAAUUCUGUACGAGGCGUUCUGUGACAUGACCACGGCGGGUGGGGGCUGGACACUGGUGGCCAGCGUCCAUGAGAAUAACCUGUAUGGGAAGUGCACUCUGGGGGAUCGCUGGUCCAGCCAGCAGGGCGACAACCCCAAUCUGCCGGAGGGGGACGGAACCUGGAGCAACAAGGUUACCUUUGGGUCUCCUGAGGCUGCCACCUCUGAUGACUACAAGAACCCCGGGUAUUAUGACAUCACAGCAGAGGAUGUGUCCGUGUGGCAUGUUCGGAACAAUGCAGAGAUGGAGAAAUGGAUCGCUAACUCCAUCUUGCGCUACCACACAGAGACCAGCUUCCUGACUUUACAGGGAGGAAACCUCUACCAGCUGUUCAAGCGCUACCCUGUGAGAUACAAUGCGGGCGCGUGCAACACUGGCAAAGGCCCAACUGUUCCUAUAAUGUAUGAUUUGGGGAAUGCAGAAUCUACUGCAAAUCUGUAUGGACCAAACGCCAGGGGGGAGUUUACUGCAGGCUUUAUCGCUUUCCGAGUUUUCAACUAUGAGAAUGCAACUUCGGCCAUCUGCUCUGGAAUCAGUCCCACAGGAUGCCACACAGAACAUUACUGUGUUGGGGGAGGAGGCCAUUUCCCUCAACACCCACCAAGUCAGUGUGGGGAUUUUUCCGCGUUUGACUGGAACGGCUAUGGAACCCAUAUUGAAUGGAGUGCCUCCCGGGAUAUGAUUGAGUCUGCCAUACUACUGUUUUACCGCUGA